AUGGAGGAUCAGCAGAAAGAGUCCCAGGUGGUGGUGGUUGCGGAGACGGCUCCUAGUGAGGCUAGUUCUAUGACGUCAGGGAGUGAGGAGAUGAGAUUGAUGGAGAUGAGGAUUAAGCUAGCUGAGAUUGAAAUGCAGCGCCAGCAGCUGGUAGUAGAAUCACAGCGUCUAGCUUUGGAAGGAGCCAGUGCCCAUCGGGGUACGACGGUCACUAGUGGGGAGGAAGAUAGAAUGCUCAAAUUUGCAAAUUUGUUGAAGGGCGUACUUUCGCCAAUGCCGACUCAGGAGUCGCUCGUGCCCGGGUGGUUUGAGGACGUGGAAGCCACUCUAGAAGCAUAUAAUGUGCCUAAAGAAUGGCGGGCUGGUUUGGUGCUGCCGCUGCUUAGCGAGAGAGCAAGAGCGUUACUGACAAGACUGUCCUCUGUAGAGAGAACGCAGUACGAUAAAUUGAAGUCCAAAAUUCUUGAGGGCCUGCGACUAUCGACGGCUGAGUACAGACGUCUCUUCCUGCAAUCCAGGCGAAGUGGCAAGGAAACCUGGGAUCAGUUUGCCGUAAGGAUAGAAAACUAUCUGAGUUAUUACCUGCGCAGCUGUAAUGUGAAAAGCAUGGAAGAGCUGCAACAGUUGAUGGUAGUGGACCGUUUGAAGGAAUGCCUAACCCCAGAAGCGCGGGCGCAUAUAAUCCUUAAUGGUGGUGAAGGUCUUUUGAAGCCCAGCGACCUGGCAAAGAUGGCUGAGAAUUUUGAUGAAAGCCUCAAGUGCAAAACGAAUAGUAGCGGAAACACUGUUCCUAAUAAGCAUCGUGAGAUCGUCAGUAGCAAAGCUAAAUCGGACAGCAGCUUGAGACCUAACACGUCUCACGCGGGAGCGAGACCCAAGAAGGGGGGUUGUUAUGGGUGCCAUUCCCCUGAUCAUAUUCUGAAGGACUGCCCGCAACGAAAAAAAGAACCGAAAGCGCAAACAAAUGCAGUCAGUGUAGCUACUGUGCCGGAGGACAAUGUGUUGGUUGCACGAGUAGCUGUACCUAUAGCAGAUAGGAAAUUAAGCCACGAGCCGGCAGACGGUAGUGACAAGCUGCACUUUAAUAAGCUACAGGAGGUGCAACUAAAAAAUAGUGGCAGCACGUUCACUGCAUAUGUGGACUCGGGAGCGGAGAUAUCAGUGAUAAAGAGGUCAUCGGUGAGCAAAUAUGAUACAUCUGGAUCUACGUUAAAACUAAUAGGCGCGUUUGGAGAAGUAAAAACGGCCGAGUUGGCAUACGUACCUCUCAGAUUGGUUAUGAGCACCACAUAUGUAUCGUCGGAACAAGCCGAUCCCGUCUUCCUGUGUGCAUUAGUUGACAGAUUAGCUGAGGGCACCACUGCGCUAAUAACACCUGAUGUGUAUGAGCAGCUUCGGCGUACGUUUGAUCCAUCCGUUACCCCUAAUGAAGGAGAAUGUGUGAAAGAUGAUACAGUAGUCAGGGAUACUCUGUUAACAGAAGUAGACGAUAUAAACUCUGAUGAGGAAGACAACGGACUUGUCGAAGAGGAUGACCUGGCACCGCGCAUCUCUAGCUUGCAAGUGGUACAGAGUCGGAACACCGAAAGGCAGGGUAGUCGGGCGGAGUUCAUAGAACUACAAAAGAAUGACCCAACGUUAGCGGACGCAUGGGAUCAAGCGCGUGAGGGAACGCAUGGUAUGACGAUCAUCGAUGGCCUACUUUAUCAUCAGGACAGCAUAAACGGCCACACUUGUAAACAACUAGUCCUACCGGAGGAAAAGCGCGCAGAAGUCUUGCAGUUAGCGCACGACAUACCGUGGGCUGGGCACCUGUCACAGAAAAAGACUUUGCAACGAAUAAAGGGCUCCUUCUACUGGCCUGGAAUUAGUGGAGAGGUAAAGCGCUAUUGUCAAAGCUGCCAUGGUUGCCAAAUUAAGUCUCCUGCCCGAUGGUCGGACAAAGUACCGAUAACACCGAUUGCACGACCUAGCGUACCUUUCCAAGUAGUUAAUAUGGACUGCAUAGGACCAAUAGAUCCGCCGUCGUCUAAGGGACACAAGUAUGCGCUUUGUGUAGUGGAUCUUUGUACUCGGUGGCCCGAGGUAGUAUGCCUGCGAACACUGACGGCCAAAGCUGUAUGUAGUGCUCUACUUGAAAUCUUCGCACGGUUAGGCGUACCCGAAACCAUAUGCUGCGAUAACGGAACGAACUUUACAGCAAAGCUCACAAGGGAGUUUCUAGAGCGAAUGGGAUCCACACCCAGAUUUUCUACCCCUGACCACCCUCAGAGUAAUGGCUUAGUUGAGCGGUGGAACGGGACGUUUAAAUCCAUGCUGUUCCACGUAGUUGAGGAAUACGGUAGAGACUGGGAUAAACACGUGCCUUUCUUACUGUGGGCGUACCGGGAGGUCCCUAAUGUAACAACGGGGGAGUCCCCAUUCGAAAUGAUGUACGGAAGAUCUCCGAAUGGGCCGCUGUCUAUACUACAAAAGACCUGGACGGAAGACUGGACCGUUCCAAAUGAGCUAAACAAACCGGCCAGUGAGUACUUAGCAGAACUCCGUCAUAAGAUAAAUGUCGCUGAUGAAAGAGCACGCGCGGCAGUCGCCGAGAGUCAGGAACGGAGUAUCACGCACUACAACCUACGCACUAGGGACAAACAGAUUUCUGAUGGUGAUCAAGUUAUUUGGUUUGACGACAACAAUGGGGGCAAACUAAGACCAAAGUGGACAGGUCCCGCGACGAUCCUCGAGCGCACGCGGCCAUACUCGUAUCUGAUUGAGUUUGAAGAUGGUAACCGAAAAACUGUGCACGCUAACAAACUCAGGCCAUACUAUGCAAGAGCGAACACGGUAGGCGUUAUCUUUGACGAGGAUAAUGAUUUUGGGAAAGUAGAAUGGGUUCCUAGAAGAGAAAAUGGAAGUCAGGAGCUAACGCUGACUACAGAUGACUUGACUCAUCAGCAAUUGGAAGAACUAAGGUCAGUUAUCAACAAGUACAAAGAUGUCUUUGGGCAGACCCCAGGAAGAUGUAAAAUAGGAUACCAUUCAAUCAAGGUUAAGACCGGUGCAGAACCGCAGAAGGCCUAUCCUUAUCGAAUACCAAUGGCACUUCGGAAGGAGGUAGAGAAGCAGAUUCAUGAACUGCUGGAGUGGGGCUUAAUCUAUCCCGUUGAAAGCAAAUAUGCACAUCCGAUCGUGUGUGUAUCCAAAAAGGACGGGGGAAUGCGUCUAUGUGUUGAUUAUAGGAAAUUAAAUGCCAUCACCGAACCGGAUGCUUUUCCUAUGAGUCAAGCUAAUGAAAUUCUCUAUCAAGUAGCUGGAGCAAAAUUCAUAACCGUCAUUGAUAUGCUGAGAGGCUACUGGCAAAUUCCUUUGGAGAAGAACGCAGAACACUGCACAGCUUUUGUAACGCAUCAAGGACAGUACGCUUGGCGCGUAAUGCCGUACGGACUAAGGAAUUCCGCCUCCACGUUCCAAAGAGUCGUUAAUGAAGUUUUGUUACCUCAUCGUGAUUACGCAUGCGCCUACAUUGACGAUGUUGCUAUAUUCUCAGAGACAUGGGAAGACCAUAUACGGCAUCUUGGCAAGGUACUUAACGCAGUAGCAGAUGCUGGUUUAACUAUAAAUGUAAAGAAGUGUAAAUUUGCACAGAAACAAGUGCACUUCUUGGGACAUGUGGUUGGGUCUGGCACUCAUGCACCCGACCCUGGUCGGAUCAAAGCAAUAGAAGAAAUUGCUAGACCUGAGACAAAAAAGGAUCUACGAAGUUUCUUAGGCCUAUGCAAUUAUUACAGAGAUUAUGUGCCAAACUUCUCGGGGGUGGUGUUACCUUUAACGCAGUUAACCUGUAAGCGUAUACCGCAAAAACUACCUUGGACCACAGAAGCAGAAAAGGCAUUCUGUGAAGUCAAAAGGUGUUUGGCUAGUGCGUCUCUACUUUACGCUCCUGAUCCCGGAAAGGGCUACCUUCUUGCCACCGAUGCCUCUGAUUACGCAGUAGGGGCAUGUUUGUCACAAUUGGGGGAUGAUGGGAAAGAACACCCUAUUGCUUUCUUGAGCAGAAAGCUGUCUCCAACCCAGACCCGCUGGGCAACCAUAGAACGAGAAGUGUUCGCUAUUAUCUGGGCGCUGCAGCGACUAGAGACGUGGCUGUUUGGUGCUAUGAUCACCAUAAUAACAGAUCACAACCCGUUGAAGUACUUGACGCUAACGACACCACACAGUGCUCGGCUGACGCGAUGGGCCCUGGCUCUACAAAAGUUCAACGUCACUAUCGUUCAUAAACAGGGAACAUUAAAUGCCAACGCGGACGCCCUGUCCAGACUGACAACCGCCACUGAGUGCUCUACUUAG